CUUCCCCGCGUCCAUCCACCUCCUUGCUGUGUCCUCCUCGACCUCAUCAUCCUACUUGCUUGGGCCCAUCCAGCUCACCGUAUAGACUAUUACGCGCUUGCUGCGUAACACUGACUUGGCACCACCCAACUAGUGCAUGUCGCCUUCCCCAUUUCUUACUCGAUCCGCAUCCGGACAACAGGUCUCCCUACUCAACGACGUCGACAUCAGCCCAAUGGAUAUCGCUCACCCAGCUUCGAACUUGUCCACUCCCACGUCAGCACAGCGCGCUUCUCGUGCGGGAAAGAAAGAGUAUAGGUGCAGAGAGUGCAGUCGCACUUUUACAACUUCUGGUCACUUGUCCCGCCACACUCGGGUCCACACAGGCGAACGCAACCAUGUCUGCCCAUUCCCGGAUUGCAAUAAGAGCUGCAGCAGACAAGAUAACCUUCUCCAGCAAGCAUCCCUACCCGACGACCGAAGUAAGGCAAGCACUUGAAGAUAUGUUCAGGCAGCAAGGUAUCGAGCGUACAUCCGCACCGCCACCCCCAGCACGUCCCUCGCCGCCAUCACGCUCUCCCCCGGCGCCGAAGGUCGUCCAGCCACCCCCUCAGCGGCCCCAGUCGUACCCGUCCCCACCUCCCCAUCUGCCGCCACCGCCCAUGCAACACCCGCUGCCUCCUCCACCUCCAGGUAUCUAUCCCCCAGGAUUCAUGAUUCAUGGCUCCCCGUCGUAUGAUCACCAUGAGAUGCAUGCGCACCCGCAUGACCGCCUUUCUCCGGGUUCACCUUCCUCGCCAGCGCACUCGGAUUCCCCGAGCACCCCGGAGUUCCCAAUCGAUCCCCAGCUCUUGCAGCCGCAUCCCAAACCGGCAGGAAACUCAAAUCCUCAGACACCGGCGUCACCACCGCCCGUCACCAUGUCGCCGUUUGGACCUCCGCCCCAGCGGCGUGGGUACGAGGUGUCAUACAUGCGAGGCGAGCAUUAGCGCAAGGUGCGACUACAGCGCACGCUGACUGCGUCUUACUAAUCAGAUAUAAACGCCCAGGGCUCAUCUUAGCAUGGCCUGAGCGUGUAAGGUCCAUCAUCGUCCCGAACGAAACUCACUGGCAGCAGUGAAUUCGGUCACGGCAUGGCACGCAUGCUCCGUCGUCUCGCCAUUGUAUUCUAUAGAACCGUCCAAGCGCCGGCGAUGUAUCCGUCCGUUUCUC